UGAAUUCUAUUUUUAGCGACAGUUUUCCCUAGUAAACGGUACACUUCCGCUUGUAAAUUAAUCAGUCUGCAAGCAUGUCCGUGGCAACAACUGUCGAUCAAAAAAUUGCCUCAAAGAAGGUAAUUAUGUAUUCUAAAUCUUACUGUCCAUUUUGUACGAAAGCAAAGAAAGCAUUCCAGGAUUUGUUAAACGAUGGAACACUUUCAAAGAAUGAUUAUGAAGUUGUCGAGAUAGAAAAUGACCCCAACUGCGACGCUAUCCAGGAUUACAUGAAGACGAAAACUGGCGGUAGAUCUGUACCCCGGGUUUUCAUUAACGGGAAAUUCAUUGGAGGAGGAGACGAAACCGCCCAGAUGAAAUCCACUGGAAAACUGACGGAACUUGUAAAAGCUUAAAUAAAGUAUGUGGAUGAGGAUUUCACAUCAUGUUGUUUAUAGAUGUCAAACUGAGGACUCGCUUUUUAUUUGGACUUUUAUACAUGUAGAACAAUCAAAGUUCUAGUCAUAAAUUUGCAGUUAAACCAAAAAUAUUAUAAGUGGAUAAUAAUUUUGAAUAUUUGUAAUGAAAUCCCAACUCGAUUUUCAAUCAUUUUAUGUCAUUAUAAUAAUAUCUAUACAAAAAUAAAAAAUAUCAUAUA